AUGAUGAACGAACGCUCAGCAAGGAUGCAUCGGGGCAGCAGGGCGGUGCGCCGAGCACCUAUUCGCACAAAUCUACAACCACAGCCUCACUGGAACCAACGACUCACGAUCUUCCUUUCGCACCAUGAACGUCGAGCCGAGGCCCUCUUCGCGACGAGCCAGCGUCUGCUUCGGGAACAUCUCGAUAGACAACACUCUUCCGGCCAAGCCGUCGGCUCCACUUUGUCUGCCGCCGCCUCCGCCCACAGCACGGCCCCGUUGGCCAGUCAAGAACCGCUCGUCCAGCAACUGGUCUCCCAGUGCCUCAGACUGAGCGUAGGCCUCCAUCUUGGCCGGGCCAGCCUCAGACGUCGACUUCGCAGACUUGCCGACUGGCAGGCCGACCUGGACCGAGUGCACUCGAGCCUGUCGGCGGUGGAGGCGGGCCUCGAAGAGGUGUUGGGCAGUGCGGCAGAUCGUCCGGCCGACCUGGCCGGCGAUGAGUUGUUGGGCUGGCUGGCGGAUCAGUUGGAUAUCAGUGGAAAGUCGGUGGCUGGCACGGUAAACAGAUCGUUGUGUUAG